GAACUGACAGCCAGUGAAAGCAUUUUCCUUUUUAUAAUUGAACCUUGACCUUUCAAGUAAACACAGCUGAUUUCCGGUUGUUUAUCUGUGGCUUUUUUCGGUAACUUGCCCGGUGAAAGUUUGUUGUCAAAAUGGCGGCAAAUAAGGUAAAUUGUUGCCUUACAAAUUAUUUUUCUAAAGCUUUGCAGCAAAUUACGACCAAUUAGUGUUUCGAUUGUACUUAGGUGGAGAAAGCCAUAAUACCCAUUUCCGGAUAAAUGUUACAUUGUUUGAUUAUGCUGAAAUUCCUAUUAAAGAUUGGUUUUCGAAAUUCAGUGUUAUUUUCCCCCAAAAUAAACCACCUGUUUCCGAUAGGCUUAAUAACAAAACAAAGUCGCAAAACAAUAACAUGAAUAGAGCAGCAAUGAACAUCCUCAGUCACUUAUUAUUCUGGGAAAAACAGAACAUAGUUCAUUUUAUUUAGGUACUUGGACAAACACUUUUUGGUUAAAUCACCUGAAAUGACUUAAAGUUAAAAACAUUAAUUUUCAAUGUCAAUUGACAAUUGCAAAAUAGAUUUAGUUUAGAAAUUUAGUAAUCAAUGAAUUUCUUUUUGUUAGAAUACAGCAAACAUUUAACUAAUUGUACAAGAUUUAAACUGUACAUUUCAUGAAUCUUCUGUCAUAACUCAUAAAUGGCCCUCAUUGAGCUAAAUCAAAUCAAAGAGAACUCUUCAAGAUAUGUUAUAAACAAUUGGAUGUAUCCGGAUUGAAAUAAAUGGUUUAUUUAUUUUAUAACUUUAAUUAUUUCUAGGUGUCCAAUAUUUAUUUCUAAAACUGUGGUGGGUUUAUUAUGGGGCAUCCAGAAAUGACAUCUCGCAAAUUUUGCAGAUUUUCUACCCACCCCCCAUCAUCACAACAAAUUAGACCCCCGCCCCCUCAAAUAUGACAUCACAAAUCUCUGCACACACCCCCCACCACUAUAAAAAUUCCCUGUGUCCACUAUUGUCCUUUACUUUACAAACCCUUAAGAAAUUCACCUCUAAUGGAUAUCAAAUUACUGCACCUCUGUCAGAAACAUUUCACUAGAACAGUGGUUCUUAACUAGGGGAAAAGUACCUCCCCAGCCAUGAGGUGCGGAAGACCAGAAAAUUGUAUUUGCUGCCAUUGCCAGUUGCUGCUGCUUUUUUUAAAAAAAACAACGUUUUUAUGCAUUAUAAUUAGCAGCAGUAAUUUUUUUCUAGUGAAUUCUUUUUGCACAUUACUUGUAUUGGUCAUUUUUUCCUUGUUUAUAAAAAGUUAAUCAAAGAAAUAAAACUAUGAUAACUAAAUUAUUGAAUUAUAUUCAUAUUUUAUUAUAAUAUCAUUUAUACGGCUGGUGGGUUGGGGGGGGGGGGGGGGGGGGGGGCUAUGUUUAAAACGGAGUGAGCCUGAGGUGCUGCCAGAAGGUUAAGAAUCACUGCCCUAAAGCAUUUAUUAAGAUCACACCCCCGACCCUUCAACCAUUUUUUUAUUCUAUCCCAUUUCACAUGGUAUGCCAAAUUCUAUGACUCUCGUCUCAACAUUUUGACAUAAAUUCUCUCGACUGUCAGUGUGACUACACCCAUUUUCUGUUCCUCAGUGGCGGCCUGUAACUUGAUCACAGGCCAUAUGGCGGACCUCGCAUGCCUAUACUGAUUCUUUUAGUGAUUGUAGUUUAAAAAGAAAAUAAUAAUUGUUGCAUAAAAGAAUGAUGUUUAAAAUGUCUGUAAUUUAGGGUUAUUUAGUGCAAUUCUUUCCUUUAAUAUUCCGCUUUUCAUGUGACGUCACAUUGCUUAAGCCCCCCCUCCCCUUCAUCACACAUCGUCACAAAAAUGUGAUCUCCUCCCAACCCAGACGCGUGACAACAUUUAUGGAUGGCCCCUUAGACAAGUUUAAAAUAUUUAAGUAUCUCAUGUUCUAGGCAUCUUGAAAACUGUGGGGCCAUCCAUGCAGGGUGGUGUGAAGGUGGUACUCACCAGAAUGUCAAUAAUUUUAUGUAUUUCACACAGGGCACUGAUUUUCCUUUGUACGGUCUUGCAUCCAUUAGGACAUAAUGUGACUAUAUUUUUAUGUGUGUGUAUGGGGAGGGGGGUAUAAGGAAUAAUGUUUAUUAAAGCGUUAAAUAAAAGUGUCAAAUUAAAAAAAUAUUUUUUUUUGACAAUUUCGCUGUCAAUAAAUAGUUGGUGAUUUACAGAGAGGGGAAAAGCGGGAAAGUAAUGAAAUAUUUCACAAUAGUGAAACGAACACCUGAACAGAUUGAUAAUAAUUAGAAAGCAAAAUGAGUCUGUCCAAUUUUAUCAAAUCACUAACAAUGUCUCUCAUUUUACCCGGCACGAUUGAGACUCAACUUAGGAGUCAUCUAAAUAAUUAAGUCCCUCCUAUCAAAUUAGAGCUGACCAACCACAGACAUCUUAAACAUUUUAUUUCCUGACUUUAAGAUUACUUGCAUCUGCCAAAAAAAAAGUCAUUCCACUUGUUUAGUAAGUGGUCUCUUGAGGGGGCGUUCCACCCCAGGUAACACUUUUUUCUUUAUAUGGAGGUGUGGCAUUUUCUGCCAGCUAAAGAGUUUUUAAAUUAAAUUUUGUGAUAGUGGGUUGCAAAAAUCUCUGCUGCCGGCAUUAACCCUCGCUAUGCCACUGAGACAAUCUUCUUAAUCCCUUGCUGUUACGGUAUCUCAAGAUCACAUGCAUCAGCCAUUUCUCUUGCUUACACUUUUUAACAUAAUCCCUGGUCCGCUCUUAAAGUUUCCCUGAUCGGCUCAUUACAAGGACAUGUGACUCGUCAACCAAUGCUUAGAUAUUGGUCACGCUCUGAUGUUAGUGGAAUUCUAUUACAUGGCAGAGUCUCACGCCUCACAUCUUUUGCAUCGUCUGCUGCUUACCAGGACAAAGUCAUUCUCUGAUACUUAGAGAAGCACCGGCAUAGUGGGAGCAACGUGGUCUCCAGCACCUUGGCAUGUUUCUGUUUAGGAAGGUGCUAGCAGCGACGUAGUCAUUGCGGCUUCUCAGUGCAGUGGUUUAUGGUGGUACCUCUAGACAGAUUUCUGAUUGUUAAGGAUAGAUAACCUUGGUGUUGUAUGUCCGCUGCGGUGACCGGACUAAUGAACGCAGGACGAGUGAACCAGUGGACAAGUGAACAUCCAGAAGUGUAUAUAGACAAUUGAACCCACAAACAAUUGGGUAGCCGACCGGAAAAAAAAAAAUAUUGUGAAAUGGAAACCAGUUUGAUAAAUUUUCCCUGGAAUUUAUUGUUCUAUCGAUUUUCAGUUUGGCAUGAUCUGGAGUGGACUCUAAUGACCGUAGAUUGCACAUGGCAAUCUAUUUUGAAUGAAAUGAAACUCUGAGAAUAUAUAUUAAAGUCAUAUGCAAAUUAUUGAAUUGUUGUCCAUUUCAACGGCACUGCACACUGUAAAUUAUGAUAAUUUAUAAAAUGGAGUCAUUCUAAAACACACGUUAUCUAAUAUUUUGAUAAAAAUAUUUGUAAUAAUUGAAUUUUUCCUAAGUAUCAACAUCUGCUGCCAUUAAAAAGGGGGGCGUAGUCAGAUCCAUGUGAAGUGUGGCCAAGUGAUCUCCAUAAGAUACUGCUCACAUGUAGUAACAUGACGUCUCAUGUAAAACACAAAACGCUAUGAAAACUGGCACACAUGUAGAUUAAUAUAUACUCGAUGGGUAUGAAAAAAAGGGAAAAGAUGUAUAUUUUUAACUUCCACUUAACUUUAAUUAUGACCAAUUCCUUCUACUUCUAUUAACCAAGGAUUUUCUCAAAGUUUAAAUGAAAAAGAAAUUGAUUGAAAUGUAGGCCAAGAUGUCAUCCAAAACAAAAUAAAGGAAAUUUACAAAUUGUGGGACAAAAAAUAUUAUUUUAUAAAUGAAAUAGUGGUAUCAUCAAAAAAUAAAAACUUGGAUUUUCCGGAGCCAACACCCAUUUCCCAUACACAUUUUUUAGUAGUCUUGUUUGCUUUACCGAAGUGCCUACUUUAUUAAUUCAACUUGUCUUAUCUUAUAACUCUGUACAUAUUUUUUUAUUGAAUGACAUCAAUUUAUUUCAUUAUUUAAUUUGCCACACGAGCAUUUUUUAAUGGUUGUGAUCAAAAUCUGAAGUUAUUAUUUUACAGUACCCUCAUAUUUCAUUGACAGAAUAAAGCGGGGCUCAUUUUCAUCUUAUUUCUAACAUUAUUAGUGUGCUGCAGUCAGAAUUUUGUUGUUGUUCUCCUGAACAAUAAAUUAUUUUUGAUGAAACCAAGGAGGAUGGCUCAGUGUUGCCCUGCCAUUUAUUAUGGUUUGGGAAUUAGUAUAGAAAAGCUGUCAUAACCAUGCUUCCAACUCUGAAUUGAUGCUUUAUUUUACGUAUUUAACAGUAUUUUGACUUAAACCUAUCAUUGCAAUGUUUAAAUGUAUUUUAUAAUACUAAACAGGCGUACAUUUCUUUUAAUUUCAGGAAGCCAUUGCUAUCAUUUUAGAUGUUGGACCAUCUAUGAAUCAGGCCCCACCUGGUGUGGGCACCCCACUUGAGACUGCUAUUGAAGGCAUCAAUAUGAUUCUACAGAGAAAGGUUCUAACAAAAAUGUCAUUUCUACUAAACAUUUAAUGAGUUGUUGUCAGUAGCUUUGAGAUGUUGCCACUUAUUAUUUUAGAACUUUUAAUGACCCCUUUAGUGGUAAAAUCAGUAAUAAAUUUUGUAAAUUUAAUAACUGCUAAAUUUGAAAAGCUUAUUUAUAUAUAUUUAUGAAUUAUUCAAAAGGCAUUUCAACUGUUUUCAAUAUCCUGUAAAUCACAAUAUAUCAGUGGUAAUCUUUUUUUUAAUAUUGUAAUCAGUUUUUUUAUUUUAGAAUAUUAAAUAUUGCAUUCAGUAUUCAGUUACCUUUAAAAUGGUUUUUAAACAAUUACAGUUUCUACUAAAUCCAGUGACAAAUUGCAACAAAAAUGGAUUAAGUUAUAGCUUAUUUCUUUUAUUUGGUAAUUAAUUAUUGCUAGCAUUAUUAAAAAAAAAAAUGAAUUCCCUUUUAAACAGUAUUUAGCAUAUUGAUUUAUUGCUUUCUAACAUUAAUAUGCAUUAUCUCUAUAAAGACAUCUUUGUCACUUGGAUUAAGACAAGUCAUUAUACUCAAAGCUUGUAAAUCUAAUGCUGUGUUUUAUCAUCUGUUAUUUUUAAAAAAAAUUUUUUGCCUCAAGAUAUUUUCUGAAUCGAAAGAUGAAAUUGCUCUGCUUCUCGUGGGUACAACUGAUACAGACAACCCACUUGCAGAUGGAGAAAAUUACCAAAACAUCACACUCAAGCGACGUUUAGGCAUUGCAGACUUUGACCUACUCCAACAGGUUCAAACUGAUUUACAGCCGUCUGAUACUCCAGGAGACUGUAUCCAUUUGACCAUUAAAGAUGGCCACUUUUUUAUAUUUUAUUUCUUAAGUUGCUGUAAAUUUAACAUCAAGUCAAUUAGCUUUCUAUGGUAUUUUAUUUAUAUGCAUCUUUUGUUUAAACUAGAAGCUUUUGAAAUCCAAAACAUUCUAACUUUCCUUCCACCAUUACUGUUUGUAUUUGAAAAGACAAUAUAAAACUGGUUAUUUUAUUCCUAUCAGUGGUACAGUAAUUAAAUAUGCUUCCUCACAUAUGAUGAUUUUUUUUUUGUUGUCCAUCUGGCUUCAAAAAACAUUUAUUACUUGUUUUACGAGUACUGCCUUACAUAAAAUAUUCAGUUGUUGAUGCCAUUGUAAUAGCCAUGGACCAUUUGGAAAAUGCCACACAGUAAGACUCAUUAUUAAUUUGGUUUAUUAAGCAUUUUUUUGGGGCGUGAUUUGGUCUAAUAAUUUCUUUCAUAAUAUUUAUAGUUAUUUUUUGUUGAACAUUCAUGAUUUCAAAAAACAACAACACAAGUAUAAAAUUUUCUUUAAAGUUUGAAAAUGAAAAUUCUUUCUACUUAGAGGCAAGAAAGGUUUUGGAUCAAGACGAAUCAUUUUGUUUUCUGACCUGGGUAGCCCAUUUGGUGAUCAAGAACUUGAAACUAUUGUCAAUGCCAUGCAAUAUACAAAAACUGAACUAGAUGUCAUGUAAGUUAUUAUUUAGUUGACCUUUUAGAUGUCAUCUAAGUAGUUAAAUAUGACAUUUUAGACAUCAUAAUGGACAAAGUUUGGAUUUUCUUUUUCCAUAAAGGUCCAGCAGUUCUAUACUGAAUGUCCGUAUAUCAAGUGUUCUUAGUCCUAUGAAGUUUUUAUUCCUUGUGAACCUAGCCUGGACAUAGUCUAAAAAAACUUACUAUACCAUUUUUCAUCCCAGUAGUCCUAGUCUGAAUGUCCUAUAACAUUGGUAUGCCCAGUAGUCCUAGACUGACUGUCCUAUAAUAUUUUUGAUCCCUGUAGUCCAUGUCUGAAUGUCCAAUAAAAUUUGUAUGCCCAGAAGUCCUAGACUAGUCUGAACAACCCUAAAAUUUGUAUGCCCAGUAGUUCUAGCCUGAAUAUCUAAUAAACAUUGUAUGCCCAGUUGUCCUAGUCUGAAUGUCCUAUAAAAAUUGUAUGCCCAGUAGUCCUAGUCUGAAUAUCCUAUAACAUUUGUAUGCCUAGUAGUCCAAGUCUAAGUGUUAUAAAAAAAAUAUGUAUGCCCAGUAGUCCUAGUCGAAUUGUCCCAUACCAUUUGUAUGCCCAGUGGUCUUAGUCUGAAUGUCCUAUACUAAUUUUUAUCCCUAGUGGUCCUAACCUGGAUGACCAAUCUGAGGAAGACGAACCAAAAGAGAAGAGAGGUGGUGCAGACGCACACCCAGAUGGUGUGAAGAAGGAGAAGACCAGGCAGCAACGAUCUGGGGAAGCCCUCAUUAAGCAUAUCCUUGACCAAGUUGAAGGAAGCUGUUACAGCUUCAGGUCAGUUUUAGUUUUUUCUGUUUACAAAAAUCAUCUGAUGGUUUUCUGUAAGGUUUCAUCUAGCUGAUUACAAUAAUCUAUUGUUCUAUCUAAGGUCUGCUGUUUAUGGUGGAAGGUAGAAUUCAGUUUCGGUUGUAGUGUAUUAGGGGCCAUCCAAAAAAGACGUCCACCAAUUUUUUGCUAUUUUUUACCCCCCCCCCCUCCCCCAUGCCCAUUUUUGACUUGACCCCCCCCCUAUAAAAUUAGCAUAUUUUAAUAAAGAGUUUCUGGUGGAAGCCCCGGAGCCCUCUUUAGGGGCCAUCCCUAUAAGACGUCCACCAAUUUUUUGCUAUUUUUUCCACCCCCUCCCCCUUUGUCCACUUUUGACUUGACCACCCCCCCCCCCAGUUGUGGACGUCCAAAACAUAAAAUUUACCGAACUUAAAUUAACGAAUAUUUUGGGGAAAUGUACAACAAUAUAAAGAGUAUGUAUUCACAAAGAUUUUUUUUAGAAAUUCCAAUUAUUUGCAGGCAAAAUUCUAAAUGAAAUAAUAACUGUUCAAAAACAUUUUAUUGAAUCACUGUAUUAAAAAAUGUAAUAAACAAAAAAUCCACAAAACAUUCUUCAAUCAACGGAAAAUUUGGACUGCAGCCAUUCAAACAUGUUUCGUAUAAUGACAACAUCUGUUCUUGAGUCUUCAAUUGCUAAUUAAAUUUUAGUGGCAGUCUCUUCGUCUGCCAUAUUAUGUUCACUACCAGUAAUAUUGCAAUGGACGACCUUAUGUUUUUUCAUUGCCGCCUGUGAUGGGAAAUAUGUACAGCAGAAACAUAUUCUCUUGGAAAUUCUUCCAGCCACCGAUGGACAAUAGGGAUCAAAAGGCAUGCUACUGUAACUGUGAUCGGGGAGUAAAUUUGCAGUAAAUUUAUGCAAAACUGCUGCACUCAAAAAAACACUACAAUGUGGACAUCCACUUUGUCCUAAACCCCCUCCCCCCCUUUGUCCACUUUAGUCCACUUUUUGCUGAACCCCCCCUCCCCCCUUUUGUGUGGACGUCUUUUAUGGAUGACCCCUUAUCCUGAUUGUGGGCAAGUUUCUCCCAUUGUUACAAAAUUGUUUUAAAAAAUGCAUUCUUUCAGUUAUUACUGCUUUGAAAUUAUUAUUUCUUAGGAAAUUUAUAAAUGUUUGAUCUUACUUUUGGAUAGUUGAGGGUGCUGAGAAUAUAAAUGACCAGCUAAAUGACUUAACUGACUGCCCUCUGACAGAGCCUUUAAUAUAAUUUUACACAGCGUUUUAAUUCAAAUUGGAUAUUGCCAUGUGAUUUUCUGUGUGUGUUGAAUGUUCACAGUGAGGCUCUGCCUGCAUUAAGCAACUUCCAGACCAGGCAGAUAAAACCCAUGGCCUGGAAGUGUAAGCUGGAGAUUGUCAACGUGGAGAUUCCUAUCUGUGGAUUUUCUAAAGUAAGAGGCAGUUUUCCUUUUAUUUUUCAUAUUGCAUGUUAAAUAAAUGUAUAAAAUUGUUCUUAUUAUUUACACCCCGCUCUAUAGCUUUUUAUUUAUGCCAUGUUUUUUUAACUUUUUUUUUAACAUUCCAGAUUUAUUGUCACAACUUUAAUUUAGCUGGCAAGACUGCGCCUGUUUUGCAUUAGCCAACUAUUUUAAUCCCAUGCGGAAUAGGCUUCUGUUUUUCUGUUUUGCCAGCUUGUGGUUUUGUACCCAGGCCUUACCUCCACAACAACUUCUUUCAACUUGACCAACAAGCCCACUCAACCCUGAUGUCUAUAACUGAUUUAACAUUUUUAAAAUUCAAAGAUCAAAGAGUAUAAACUGAAGCAGAGUUGGAAAAAGGUGUAUGCACAGAAUACAGAUAUGGCACCAGGAAUUCUAAGGACCUACCACAUGAACAAUGAGGAGGAGACAGAAGUGGAGAAGGAAGACAUGGUUCAAGGUAAAGAUCAAAUUUUGACCGAUGGACUUGAGUGUCUUACAGAUCUGUAAUUCAGACUGAUAUAAAUUUUUUAAAAAUGUAUUAGUGUCUCUUGCGGGGCGUCACUUUGGUUGCAGCAUUGUUUAUAAAGUAUCUCAGGUCUUGGCUAUAGUGGCACAAUUUUUCACAAUGUAUCUUAGGCUAUAUUUUAAGUUAAUACAAUGUUUAUAAUUUCUCCUAAUGGUAUCGAUGUGAUAACACCAUUUGUUUACAAUUUAUCUCAGGGUAUCGCUAUGGCAACACCAUUGUACCCAUGUCUGAAGAUGACAAGGACAACAUGAAAUACAAAGCUGAGAAAUGUUUGAAAGUCCUGGGCUUUACCAAGGCAGAUAAUGUGAGUACACUUUUUAAAGUGUUUCAAUGAUAUCUUUGACAGCAUAAAUAAAUUGUUGUAGAAUGUGUGAAAAAAAUGUUUCAUUUUUUUCAAUUCAGAGUGUCUGAACACUUUAAAUAAUUCUAAUCUUUAAUGUAAAAUAAUCUAAAUUUUUGUUAAAAGUUAGACAUGCCAUGGUACAAAUUGAACGUUGUAUAAACAGUUUCAUAUUUCUACUUAAAAUAACAUGAUCUAACCAAGUGAUUUAAAAAAAGAAGUUUUUAUCACUCUUUCCUAUUCACAUUUUGGUUCAUUUUUGUUCUUUCAUACUGUUACCAUUAACAAAAAUAAGGCACCUGCAAAUAGUCUUAUUUCCCUUGUAUUUUCAAACAGUUCAAAAAGUAUCACAUACUUGGAGAUGGUGUUCUGAGUAUCACAGCAGAGAAAGGAGAUGAGGUAUGCACUUCUGGAAUAUAAAUUGAUAGUCAGUUUCAAUUAUUUGGAAUAGAAAUGCUAAUUAAUACCACAGGAAUUUUUUGAAUAUCUUUGUACCAGUAUCAAUAAUCAUUCCAAUGAGAUAAUGUGUCAGCAUUUGUUGACUUUGCUUAUGUAAAUCUGUUUGUAUAUUUAAGUAUAAACAUAUCGUAUUUAUUUGCUCAAUUGUUUUAUAUACCGGUACUUAUUAAUAUUUGAUUUUCUCCAGGCUGCAGCCAUUGCCCUCUCUGCUUUUAUCCACGCCCUCUAUGAAACAGACACAGUGGCCAUAGCCAGGAGGGUGUAUGCUGCAAACUCAGCCCCCAGAAUAGGAUGUCUCUUCCCUCACAUCAAAACAAAAUAUGAGGUACGAUCAACAGUCACAAAGUCCUGAGUGGUUUGUUGGAAAUAUGUGGGUGAGGGGGCUGGGUUGGCUUGUAGGCAUUACCAAUGAAUAUCAUUAGGUGACAAGAAAUAUUCUUUGUAUAUGAUAGCAGUUUAAAUAAGUAAACAGGGUCUUAUGUAAGAAAAGAUUAGUGACUAUCUUUAGUCAGUUGAUUAAGAGGGUAUCGUCAUUAAAAGAAAUGAAAGAGGUAGUGAGCUGUGGUUGUGGCCAGCUGUGGAUGGAUGUUGUUGCUCUUGGAGGUGUAAUGAAGGUGUAACAGGAAACAAGGGUAUGGAAAGUUUCAUUGUUUUUUUUUAGAAGAAAAACAUGUCUCCCCAGUCUUGUUGUUUGCUAUUUAAAAAAAAAGCUAAUUGCAUACGUUUAUUUAGUAAAUUGAUUUUGUUCUUGAUCCCCCAUUUCCUGGCUAACUCAUUAAGGCGAACAUUUGUGUGUUUCGCUAGGUAUUUUUUCUCACAACUUUACCCAGUAUAAACCAAACAUGCUUAUCAUUUUCACUCUUUGGCAAUAAAAUAUAUGUCCCAGAAUGGCAUUUAUGCCCCAAGUAGUGUGUUGAAUUCUAUUCAGCUUGUGUUUAUUUUAUGGCAUUCAAUACCCUAGUGUAGAAGUCAGAAACCCAUGGGACAUACGCCAGAUUUGAGAGCAAUUUUCAAUGGCAUGCUGAGGACCAAAAUUAAAAUAAUAAUUUGCAAAUGCGCCUUAAAAGGGUUUUAGCGCAUGGUGUGCAGUAGAAAUCUCACUUUAUCACAAUGUUAUCAAAAGGUGGUCGACCCCUACCUUAGUGGGUGAAUUAAAUUCUGAUGUAUUAAUGUGAUGUUUGCCCAUCGACCUGUUACAGACAUAAGCCACUGGCCUGAGAUUUAUAGACAUAUCCAUUUUCAAAAGUCCACAGUCUCUUCCCAUCUUUUUUGAGCAUGCCUCCUACCAGAGUCUUUAGUUAUUCCAUGGCCAGCCUCUUUCCAUUUAGCUUUGGUGUUUCCAGGUGAUGCUGGCUGCAAAUAUUUUUAGAGUGUGUGAUUGAUCCAUGUCCAUUCUCUUUGUCCUUUUUUUUUUAAUUUACAAGAAAUUAUAUAUAUUUUAUUAAUGUAUCUCUACAUUCUACCAGUGUUUAUUCUGGGUGGAGCUGCCCUUUUCAGAAGACAUCAGAACUUUCACCUUUGGUUCACUGCCCAUUAAAGAAGAUGCAGUAAUUAAUAAGAAGUACAAACCGUCUGGUAAGUCAAGUGCUGACAUGUAAUGUGAAACUAAUAGGGCCACCUACCGGGACCUACCCUAUUCAAUUAAAAUGUAAACUCGUCUCCUGAAAAACGUUUAGAAAAAAUGGGGAUCGCUGUUUCCUUAAAAUAUUACAUUUUUAAAAAAUGAAUUUUAAAAAUUGAUGAUAAAAUAACAAGAUAAUCAAUAAGUACAUAGCAAGUGCAUAGUUAAUUAGUUGAUGAGGUUUGUGUGAAUCUGGUGUAGUUUGUAUGGUAGUAUGCACCUGUUGUAGUCAGUGUACAUCAAUUGUAUUUUGUUUGUUUUACAUGUUCAAUUUUUUGGCUCUGAUAGGUUUAAUGUUAACUUUAUUUUUAGAUGACCAACUGAGAGCGGUGGAUGAUCUCAUUUCAAGCAUGGAUUUGUCACAAGCGUUAGAGUGAGAAAAUUGUUUCAUCUUAGUUAUCUCUGACUGAAAUAGGUUGUUCUUAGAGUGAGCAGAAUGUUUGGCAUCAAAGGCUACAAUUUCAGAAAUAAUGUAUUCUCUUGACUCUUGAAUUAAUUAACUUGUUAUACCUUUUCAAUUGUUUUAAAAUGGGGUAGUUUAAACAAAAAAUAAUAAAGCAUUUACAAUUAGAUUUAUAAUGUUUACAAAUAAUAUUAAAAAAAUUAGCAAUGAUUUCUUUAUUUAUUAGAGAUGAAGAUGGAGAAAAAGAGGAAGCUCUUAAACCUAAGUUGACCUUUAACCCUUACUUUCAAAGAGUUUAUCAGGUAUUUACAUUGCUUUUUUUUUAAAAUAAAAACUUUCAUUGUAUUUUAAUGUUUAUUUCAUCCUUAAUUACAAGCAAUGAUAAUAAUGUGAGAAAUUGUCCAUUCGACAUACAGUACAGUCAUCUAGAAAUUUGGAUUUUUAUUUUAAUAACUUGUUAAAUGAUUAUUUAUUUUUAUAACCUUUUAAAUAUGAAAACUAUUUCAUUAUUCAUGCAUAUCUUUGAUAGCCAACAUCAUGCAGUGUCAUUCAGUCAUUUCAUCAGUAAAAUUCUUUACAUCUCCUUGCAGUGCUUACAACAUAGGGUCCUGAACCCAGACAAACCACUUCCAGAGCUGUCUCCCUUUGUUGCCAAUUAUCUCCAGCCACCCUCAUCUUUGCUCACCAAGUCCAGGCCAGUGCUGCAGGAGGUGCAGAAGAAAUUCAAAUUGGAAGUCAAAGAAAAGGACAAGACUGGGGAAAAUGUUUUUAAUAAAGAAAAGUAAGCAUGGCUUAGUCAUCAUCAGUGGCGCUACAGCCCAUGUUGGGCUCUGGCCUGCUCCACUGCAUGGCCUAGUCACCAUCAGUGGUGCUACAGCCCAUGUAGGGCCCUGCCCGCUCCACUGCAUGGCUUAGGUUGGAAGUUAUUCAUCUGUAAGAUUUUUUUCCCUGGCUGAUUGAUGUUAUAAGUUAAUCCCAAGUCUUGUGUUUUUUCAUUAAUGAUUUAAUAAUUUAAUAUCAAUUUCACUCAAUGUCUGUGAAAACAUUUGUGUAUUAUAAAGAAGCAAUGGUUAUUAAACCGUAAGAGUUCAUGUGCUCCUUUUUUAUUUUACUCUAUUUUCAACUACAGGAUUGGUGCUUUUUUUUAUUUUGAAAGGCUCAGUUUUAAGGGCUUCUUCAUUAACAACUAUAAACGUUGAUGUACGAUCUUUCAUUGCCUUAAAUGCAUGCCUGUAUUUUCUUACGUACGAGUUCUCCAAUUUAAACAAAUGUUUUAUAUUAUAAAAACCUGACAACCUGGGAAGAUUCUGCAUGUCUUAAAAACAUUGAUUGCUUCUUAUAAAAAAAGAAUUUCAUAUUUCAGUGAGGCAGCAGUUAGUGGGCCCCCCGUGAAGAAACAAAAAUUAGACGAUGACCUGGCAGGGGGAAUAAAAAACAUUACAAAAGCUGAUGUAACAGAGGUAUUUUUUUUUUUUUAGGUCCUUCUAACUUCUAUCUAAUUUUUGUAUAAAAACAAGUACUGGCAUGCUAAUAAAAGAAAAGUGGAUUUGACUAUUAACCAUAAAAUGUACAGAAAAUUGGUUUAGUGAACAUUUAAGUGCCAAAACAUAAAGUUUUUUGUUGUAACAGGUUGGAAGUGUGACCCCGAUAGAAGAUUUCAGAGCUCUUGUCAGUAGGAGAGAUAAGGACAUGUUUGAAGAAGGUGAUUAUGUGAGAGACCGUAAAAUUAUAAAUUUUUUUUAAAGACAACAUGAAGCACUGAAUUGGUUUUCAUUUUGAACUAAAUCCUUUUGUCGCCAUAUCAUUAAUUUAGUGAUUAAAAAAAAAAGGAAAUUAUUUUUAAAAAUUUUGUACUCCCUCUGCCCCCAACUUGGUCACCAGAAAGAAGAUGACUUUAGUGAUUGAAGCUUCUGUCGCAAUAUAUCUUAAAUUAUAAACAAUGUAUUUUCCAAAGAGUUGUACCAAUUUACUUUGUUUCAUGAGUCUUAUAGUUAUACUUUUUACACCUGCCUAUACAGCAUGUGAACAGAUGCAGAAACGUAUUGAGCAGAUUGUGAUGCUGUCAUUUGGCCAGCAGACAUAUUCAAAAGCUUUGGACUGUCUAAAGACACUACGCCAGGAAUGUGUCAAGGUAGAUAGUUCAUUCUAAAAAAAAUUUGUUACCUCAAGCCAAUUAUAAACUAAACUACUGAACUAAAAGAUUGUCCAUUAUUUAUAGUGUUCAGUAUUGCCUGGAUAAAUGAGAGUGGUGCUGCAUGGAUGGUGCAAGUUUAAUCAGUAAAUCUUAUUUAAACUCGCUAAUGACAUUUACUGUAAUGAAUGCCUUAAUUUAUAAAACAUUUUGAGUAUAAAGUACAAGUCACACCUCCAUGACUAAAAUAAGAAUAAAAAAAGCUUCAAUUACAUUUUUUUUUUUUAAAGUAGCAGUUGUGGGUGUGUAGUAAUUAUUUUUUUCAUGUUUGUUUGGUUUCAGAAGUCUGAGCCUAAAGUCUUCAAUUCAUUCAUCACAAAUUUCAAGGUCAUAUUGAUAGCUAAAUCAAAGAGAGACUUUUGGGAUCAGGUUGUAAAAGGUAGGGCUUUAUGGAUACGGUAGCUGAAGGUGAGGCUUUUGGGAUCAGGUUGUUAUACGAUAGGUUGAGCUUUUGGAAACAGAUUGCUGAAGGUGCUGCUUUUAGGAUCUAUUAUUAAUAUUAAUAGGUCGUUGCUUUUGGGAAUUGGUUGCUAAAAGUGGGGCUUUUGAGAUCAAUUUGUCAUAGGUUGUGAUUUGGGAUAAAUUGGGGCAUUUGGACACCACCAAGUGGCCUAACAAUAGAUCAUUUUGACACAUUUCUAGAUAUUUUCUAAGCUGAAUAAUUUAUGUACCAGAGUGAACUAACGGCUUUCCUAUAAAUCUCAUACCGAUAUGCCAAAUUUUUGGUUAAAAAUUACAUAUUUAUUAUUUAUUUGUCUCACCACUAUUACCAGGCAAGCAGGGCCUUAUAUACAAGAAGGAAUGUGAAGAAAGUGGCAUAUCAAAGGAGGAAGCAGAUAAAUUCUUGGCUGAAGAGGUCAAGGAAGAGCAGAGUUCAAGGCCACAAGCAGAAGAGACUACCGAUGACCUUCUGAUGGAGCUUUAAUUUUUAUUUGUUGGCCUCUAGAAAAAUAAUAUAUAUCUGUAUAGUAUAGCAACAUUUUUUGCCUUAUUCAAUCCUCAUUAUUGGUCCGUGCAAAUAAAAAAAUAUCUUGGCAUCUAAGAUAUCACAUGGUUUACUUUCUGAUAAAUUUUUCCGUAGGUCAGUGUUGUGUAGGCUAGAAUAUUUAAAUGUCACAUAUUUAAGACCAGUUUAGAUCUGUCAAAAUUUCCUUUUCCCCCAUCUGUUUAAUGCCCCCCCACCCCCAAAAUAUUACAAUUACAUAUGAUGUUAAAUAAAAGGACUUAAAUGAAAAAAAGGACAUUACAUUUUCAUUAUUUUAACAGAUUAUAUAUCUAUAAUUUUCAAGUGUCAAGAAAAAAAGGCAUUUUUCCCUCAGAUAUUGUAUUUUUCCUAUUGCAAUGUUUGGUUUUGCUGAGAUAACAAACAUAAAACAAAAAAAUUUCAUGGAAAUAUUUUUAGUGUCAUAACAAAUAGGACAGGACACUGUCGAGAUGUAAACUGUCAAAUUUGCUAAAGAAAACUUAAUAUCCCCUCCUCUUCCUGAGUGCCUGUGUUGACAACUGAUUUUAGCGUGGCUGUGAUGAACCUUUCUUAAGUCUAUGUCCAGGUCAAACAUCCAUUUACCCAGUCUGUGUUACUGUUAAUUUCAAGAUUGUGUAUUUUUGGUACAUGGGUUCGUGUACUUUCGGUACAUAGGUUUGUGUUCUUUUGGUACAUUUGUUAAUGUAUUUGGUAAAGAAAUUUGUGUUUUUUGUAAAGAUGUUUGCAUAGUUUAUGAACAAGUUUGCAUAAUGACAAUUUUAUUUAAACCAUCUUGAUUAUCAACGUUUAUUAUUGAUUUCACUCUUCAAAUUCCUCAUCUCUAUAAUACCACUGGUUGACUGUUCACUUGAUGUGAUAAAACUGGUUUCAGUAAGAAAAAAGACCAACUGCGCAACAAAUUAAAGCUGGAACUUAGUAUAUCCAGAACAAAUGACUAUGAUGAAGGGUUCAUAAAAUCUCCUGGCCAAAAACAAUUUUCAAUGUUAAUGAAGAACUAAAAAGCAAAUUGGUAGCGAUAACCAUUGUAGAAACUACACAAAUGUGAAUGAUGAUAACUUUGUUACGUCGGUAGGAUGCCAGUAAGCUCACCUCCCAGGGCAGCACUAAUAUGCAGCGAUCAAGGAAAAUAAAUGGCUUUAAAGCCAAAGGCAGGCACCCAAAGACUUGGUCCAUUAAAUAUUAACCCGAGUCAUUAGAGUGCUCCCACAGGAGCAGGCAAAAGACAGAUGUCUAGAGACUUACUGAACCAUUCGAGUUCUCCCACCAGGAGCAGGCAAAAGACAGAUGUCUAGAGACUUACUGAACCAUUAGAGUUCUCCCACAGAAGCAGGCAAAAGACAGGUGCUGUGUAUCUUUUCUGUUGCCUCAAGCAUUUGUCUGCUUUACCGGGACUGAAUCAAUGAACGAGCAGUUACUGUGUUCAGAACAGAUCAAUACUUAAAGGGUACACAAUAUUGUUUCAUUUUUUGAAAAAGGCAGCCAUUUUUUUUUUAAAUUUACACUUUCACUUAAUUUAGAUUUCAGUAUUGACACUUGGUGAUGGUGUCAGAGAACAAUGUGUGGUCAAAUUCAAUGCAGCAUCUCAUCAUCUCACAGUGUGAGACUCAUCACUCCUAUUCAAAAAACUAUAAUAACCUUACCCACCCCACCCACCAUUCCUUUCUCCCACACAAAUCAUUGUCAUAGUGUGGUGUAAGUGUCACCCCACCCCACUACCCUUAUCAUAUUGUAGCAUUACCCUAUAACAUAGUCACAGCCUGUCCUAAUAUAUAUUAUGUAGAUCAUUUUGUUAUUAUGAGAUUUCUGUGAAUUAUAUUAGUAUUUUGUUACUUCAGUAAAUUUUUGUUGUAUAUAUUUUUUGAACUGCUUUUUUUAAUUUUUAAAAAUAAAUUGCUUAUAAAAUUUCGGGCAGCACAAAAGUCACUUGCUAAACACUUACACAGUCAGGUAAGGGGGGGAUGCAUUUCUUUUAUAGUUUGAAUAAUCUUGAUUGGUUUCUCCUUCAUUUGUUUAUUUCAACGACAUCCUUUCAGGGCAUACUCCAUGUUCCACUGUCGUUAAAGCCCAAAUCGCCUUGUCGAUUUCAACUCCCUUCUACAGAACGACCAGUUUUAAAGUUUUUUUGUUAAACUUCCUAUUCAAUUUAACACAAAACAAGAUGGAUGUGGUACAUUCAAACUGCAGAUUUGUUACUGUGAUUCUCAGCUUACCACGUGCUGCGUGCUGUAACAAAAAACGGGACAAACAAGUUUCAUUUUCACGGGCUUGUUUAAAUUUGCUGUAUAUUGUCUGCUGACAACAUACAGACGCAGUUUUAACAUUUUGCUCAUAAGUUGGCAUCAGCUGACAGGGUUUGUUUAAAAAUUUUAAUUAUCAUUAAAAUUAUUUCUAUUAAAAAAUACUCCUACAGGUGGGCAUAUUUUGUAUUUCAAGAUUAAAAUGUGUGAAAUAAAAUUCCAGUUUGAUUUUGUUGGAGUGGGCAUUACAAGAUAAUUACAAGAGUAACAAUGUCUUGUUUUUUUAGAAAUGGGAUUUUCCCCUUUGUGGGUGGUUAUUGGUAAAAAUAAUAUUUAAAAGUAAAAAGCCAAAUUUAUUCAUUCAAAGAGCCAUGUACAGUUUCAGGCCCCUGACUAUUGAGCUACCACAUACAUUUAAAAUUGUUAAAUUACUUAAAUAUAACUAUUUUGUAUCAGAAGCCAUAGUAAUGCCUGCUUAGUGUGAACACCUACAUUAGGAUAUCUGUCAGUGUGAACACCUAUGUGGGGUAUCUGUGUCGGUGUGAACACCUACGCAGGAUAUCUGUGUCAGUGGAUUCUCAACAUGAGUUCUUCACCGAGAUUCCAACAACAAAUCUGCAGCGUGAACAGACCCUUACACACAAAAAAAAUACAAUAUGGCGGGGACACAAAGUUACCAUAACAAUCUUAUCAGUAUCACCGGGUUGUAAAGUUAUCCGAUACAAUUAUUGUUGCAUAUUUCCUCAUAGCGCUCAUUGAUUUUACUGCCUGUGUUAAUGUUUUUUUAAUGAAUAACUUGUGAGAAACUGAACCAAAUAAUUGAUCACUGCUGUCCUAGUUGUACAUAUUCUUGAUUUGCAAAGGAGCUUGGGAUUUAACUACAUUAAUGGGGCUAUUGUUCAACACUAAUCAGAAAAGUUUAUUCUUUGUUUAACUGUUAAAAUUUAAAAAAAAACUUGUUUGAUACCAAUGAUAUGUUCAAAAAUACCUCAGUCAUGUGAUGUGACUGAAUGACAGAAUUCAAUCGAUGUGACUGAAUCGGUGAAUGCCAGGCACGUAAAUACAAUUAAGUGAGUCUAAGCCUGGCAGGCUGCGGUGACAGUUGAAUGUUGCAGGCAUUGGUGUUUGCGUCCGAUCAUUUCCAUUUGCUUGUAGGAUUGUAUCUUAAUAUUUUCUCAUGCUUGUGCGAUGUGUCAUUUAUUAUUUUUUUUAAUGAUUGUGUUCGUAGUAUUGUCUCAUCUUUUUUAAUGAUUGGGUUUGUGGGAUGGUGUCUUGUAACAUUAUACCGUAAUGAAUUGUGUUUGUAGGAAUAGGAUCGUCUCAUCUUUUCUAAUCAUUGUGUUUGUGUAACGUGUCUGGUAAUCUAAAGUGACUAUCAAAACACCAUGUUUUUCCACAUUUCUCUUAUACUGAAGAUUUUGGUUGUGGUAGAAGCUUCAUAAUCCUGACUUAAGGUGACCAGCGGUCAGUCUUGGCUGAUGAACAAUCUGAGUAAUCAAUGACAGAACAAGAUUAGUUUCAUUUAAACUUUUGAUAUAAAUUAAAUUUUACAAAUUUACU